AUGGUCUCCUUUACCAACCCCUUGGCUGGCUCAUCUGCGGCCCAGCUGCGCGGUCAACCCCCGAGCGUCCAGUCUGCAGAGCCAGCCUUUGUUCCUCCAGUGAACCGGGCACGACAUGUACCAAACAGCACAUCACUAGCAUUCCCUCUCUCUGAAGCUAUCCCAGAGUUGAUGGAGAACAAUCCAACCAUGCCCACCAGCAGCACGUGGACACCAAGCACCGUAACCCUGGACUUUCCCAGCGAUGGAGGUAAAGAACGGGGUCAAUCCAUCUUCGUAAAGAAGUACAACCAGCUGGCAACCAAGAACGGAGUGAGACCGCUAAUCGCUGGGGACUUUGACGCUCAUCUUCGCAACCGCAGUGGCUCUUCUAGUCCCGAAAAGAAAAGUUGGUUCUCUCGAAUCUUUCGAGGAUCGUCCAACCAGUCGACGCCAAAGAAUGCAGCCCCUGUGCCUCGGGCGCAUAAAAGAAGCACUUCGGACCUAGGAUCCUCCAUUCGCUCUAAACCAGAUCUCAAGAUUCUCGACAUUCAAGAGUUGGUGCGGUUGACUGGCAGCAGCCUGCUGUACCUACCUCCAGCAUUCUCCCCUCACCCUUUGGUUCUUCCUACGUGCAUUCGAGCGACUGCUCACUACCUUGCUGAGAACCCUGACCUUCGAGGCGUUUUCAGAGUCUCAGGCUCCGUCAAGACUAUACAUGCUCUCUAUGAUUAUUAUUGUGACGCUAGUGGCAGCGACCCUUAUAUAUCCAGCACCACCUAUCAACCCACCCUGCCGACAUCCAUCCCGCAUCGUGUCCACGAAGUGGCUUCUACAUUCAAACGCAUUCUCCGCGGGUUGCCAAGAGGUAUUUUGGGAUCGAUCACGUUGCUUGAUGCAUUUCUUGCAAUCUAUUCAGAACUGAAAGAUCGGCUGGAGGUUCCAGCAGAGAAACUGAAAAGGACUCGUGCACGACUGAUUGCGUUGGCUAUCCUCAGUAUUGACUCGCGGCUCCAACGAGACCUGAUUUGUGCAGUCUUUGGCUUGCUCAGCCUUAUUGGCCGAACCACUGAACUAUCGCCGACCACUGAUGCCGAGGGCCGACCUCUCCCUAAUGAGCUCAUGUCGUAUGAUGCUCUCGGAAUCAUAUUUGGUUCGUUGCUGGUUGGGUUAGACGACCUUGACAACUACGACAUAAAGGAGUCUUCACCAACUUCUGGCCUAUCCCUCAUUCCGACACCAGCAAAGAAGCGCCGCGAUCGGCAAAAAGUAAAGGACCGCGAUUCGCAAAACGUAAAGGACCACGAUUCUAAUCAUCCGGAUCUCGCCAAGACAAAAGUUCUAAUUGGCAUCGCCCAGAUGGUGAUUUCUAACUGGCAAGAUGUUGUUCGCCAGAUGCUGAUACUGGCACCAAACCCUGACCAAAAGACGGCGCCAAUGCAGGAGACGCAUGACGAUUGCGACUCCUCCAUCUGCGAAUCAUUCGUGGUCAAUCGCACAAUGGACUUGGGCGUAGAAAACAGGAGAGAUUUGCCCGCUGAAAACCAAAAUUUGGAAUUCGUCACAGCCUCACUCAGGAGAACAAGGUCAGCAGGAUCACGGUUGUCCAGACAGGGAAGCGGCAGAGGGCCUUCUAGACAAUCAUCGCUUCGUCGGAUGACUCCGACUAUGGAAGAGGGACACCAGAGGAAUCCUUCCAACAUUGCUCUCCUCCCUACCACGCCUACUAGUGGCAUGGUUGGGCCAACUUCGACCAGCACCAGGAAGGUCACACCGCCCUCAAAGCAAUCGUGUUAG